CACCGUCGUUCAUAAAGAAAAACCUGGAGAGACGAGACACUGUCAGCGACACCCAGAGUGACUGAGGAGGAAAGGUGCUUCUGUCAUAAGCUUCAUUCAUUCAACGUAAACAUGAUUCAUGUCUUAAUAUAUUGAUUAAAAAAAAAAAAAAAACACCAAAAUGUUUGAAGACAUUGUUGUAAAGUGAAAGUGACGUUAACCAUCACACCAUCAGCUGCAGUUAGUUUCAGAGCUUUAACCCUCUGAGGUCGAUGUUGUUAAUAGAAAUAUAGUUUCUGUAAUGAUGUUGGACUCUGUCGACUCUCCGCUUUCCUCUUCAUAUUCUAGUGAGCUUGAACGUGACUCACAGGCGGAGCUGAAGGGCCUCUAGUUGGAUUGACAGACAACACUUUUCAUUUUAGGCAUUUCUCAUUAAUGAUCGACCGAUAUGAGUUUUUCAGUGGCCGAUGCUGAUAUUUAGAGAGCAGGGCGGACGAAAUCUUUUAUUCCCCCGAGACUCAUAAAAUACAAGAAUUUAACAACAAUAACAAAUAAGACACAAAAUAGCUGAAUGUAACAUUUGCUGAACAUUUAUUGAACACUGUUGUUUGAGUUGUCUGCAAAUAGAUCUGCACUUAUUUUAAAUUAAACAAUCUUAACUUAAUUGUCCACAGGUAGAUGGUGAAAAGUCAACAACUUAUGAAUGAAGUUUUAGUGCACAGAGAACAAAAAGGUGUAAACUUACAUUAAUAAAUAAACAAUAUGAGUAUUGUGCAGAAUAGCAGCAUCUCUUUAUCUUCAGUUACAGUCCCAUUUUUUGUUUACUCGGCCUCAUGAGCAUAAAACAAAUUCAUCCACAUCAGUAAAGGUUUGUUUUCACUAGAGAUUUGAAGAAUAAAAAAAAAAACUCGGCUUCAAUUUUUCAGUGUUUGGGAAAAAUUAAAUAAAGGCGCCUCGUUGCAGAAGGAGCUGAGAUCUUUCUGAACAUUGUGAUAUGAAACACUUGGUUAUUUUCUUAUAUGCAAGUACCUUAAAAGGGUUAAAGCUGUGUGUGCGUGUGUGUGUGCGCGUGUGUGUGGCCAGUCCAGUGUCUGUGCUCCCUAAACAGGCUGAACUAAAUGUAAAAUCUGUUCAUAUUAUAAACAACUGUAACAAGAAAAAUAAAAGCGGUGAAACUUGUACACCUUCGUCACGUGUGCGGUGUCUUUGAUGAGAGGAGAGAAGCUCCACACCUGACCAGCAUCAGGCUUAAUGGAGGGCGCGUGUAACCCAGUCUAUUUAAAUGGCCACACCUGACAGCUGUUGGUUGGUUGAACAAAAUGGCAACGUAUGGUGACGAGCCAGUCGACAGCUAUUUCUAUUCCUCUUACAACCCCUACACGGGCAGAUACCCCAGAGCUAAAGACGCCAGGUGGAAGUAUAAAAGUUACCUGUCCCAUCACUAUGGGGACACCGACGCCUUUAACAACCACCAGCGCGCGCAGCUCAAGUCCAUCUUAUCCCAGAUCAACCCCAAACUCACCCCGAGGCUCCGGAAGGCGAACACCAAGGACGUGGCGGUGCAGGUGAACCCUAAGAGAGACGCCUCGGUGCAGUGCUCCAUCGGUCCGCGGACGCUCCUGUCCAUGAAGCGGGACUUCCGGCGCAGAAGGAGGCAGGAGCCCGGCGGAAGCGGCGGAAGCGGCGGGAGUGGCAGCAGUCCCAAGGCGGCGGGGGGCGGUGUGCGUUACCCCCGUAACCUCGCCGUGUACUCCCCUAUCGCAUACAGAAGCGUCACCUCCUUCCUGGUGGAGGACGACGACAACAACAACAACAGUAAGGAAGCCUCCUGCGGGGAGGCGCAGCCCGGUGACCCGCCCGAGUCCCCGGGGAAGAGGCGCGAACACACUCAGCCUGCUGAGGAUGAAAAGACCCAGAAGCUCCCGGAGCAGCGCGACAAGCUCAAGUCCAAACAGGUGAAGAGCGACGAUGAGAGUUCACAGGACAAGGCUCGCGUGCGGUUCCAGUUUCUGGAACAGAAGUACGGAUAUUAUCACUGCAGAGAAUGCAAUCUGCGAUGGGAGAGUGCCUAUGUGUGGUGCGUUCAGGGCACCAACAAGGUUUACUUCAAGCAGUACUGUAGGAAAUGCCAAAAGGACUUCAACCCGUAUCGUGUUGAGGACAUCACAUGUCACACUUGCAACAAAGCACGUUGUUGCUGUGCAAUAACACAACGCCACGUCGACCCCAAACGGCCCCACAGACAGGACUUGUGUGGCAGAUGCAAAGGCAAGCGUCUCUCCUGUGAGAGCACGUUCAGCUUCAAAUACAUCAUCUGAGGGCCAGCUCCACUGAACUCUGCCUUGAAUACAUCAGUACAAGUCCUGGGGGGGGGGCAUCUCCGGCCCAGUGCCAUAUUCACAGAUGGAAUAAUGACAUCUUUGAUGUAGAGCAAAUAUACAUUUUGAUGUUUCACUACUUUAUUUCAUGCCUGUUUUUUGUGUUGAUGAAAUUAAUGGUAAGACCCAAUGUAAUAAAUGCCAACCAUGCACUCAAGUGUUUUCACUCUGU